CGGGGCGUGAGUGUGAGGAGGGAGAGGCUGGAGGUUCGUCAGUUGAGAGAAGUGGAGGAGACAUGGGGGGGCUCUUGUGUCUGUUACUUCUCUUCUGGGACAUUGGGGGGGGCCUCAGUGUCAGACUCGGGAUUUACUGGAACUGCUCCAACCCCAGGUUCCUGAGGGACAAUUACAGCGUCAAAGUGGAAAUUAACGAUUAUCUGGAUAUUUACUGCCCCCACUACGACCCCCGCGUCCCGGCCCAACACACUGAGACCUUCGUCCUGUUAAUGGUGGACAGAGAGGGGUACGAGGGCUGUUACGAGACCCCCGGGGCAUUUAAGCGAUGGGAAUGUAACCGACCCCACGCGCCCUAUGGACCAAUCAAAUUCUCAGAGAAGAUCCAGAGGUUCACCCCCUUCUCUCUGGGGUUUGAGUUCCUGCCGGGGGAGGAUUAUUAUUAUAUAUCUAUUCCAGAAGCAGAGAGUCCUGGCGAGUGCCUGAAGCUGCGCGUGUCUGUCUGUUGCCCACCCAGCACUGUGAGACCAGUCACAGAGGUGCCGAAAUCUGAGCCCCGAGGGGGGUCCCGUGUGGAGGAUGGAGGUCGGACGUCUGGCCGGGGAGGUGGAUUGCGGCCGGGGGGGAGUUCAUCGUCCCGAGUCCAUGUGACCCCCCCAUUCCUGCUCACACUGUGCCUCUUAUUUCUGCUCUGGGACUGAUGGCUCCGGGGGCACAUGGUUUUUAUUCGUGGAUUCCCUGCCCCUCUGCUCCAUAUAUUUAUUUAUUUGUAUAAAAGACUUAAAAUAAGGAAAAAUUAGAAAAAUAACUGGAAAGCACUUUAUUUGGCAAUGGAGCGUCGCAAGUCGAGACAAUUUGUGCCUUGAAUAAAUUUCCCGCUGCCUGACUGUAGCAAUGCGCCAGGGUACCCCACUUAUGUACCCCACCCUUUAUUUACCCCACUUAUGUACCCCACCCCUUAUUUACCCCACUCUAACUGCUUCCAUGUGCGUCUCGCAAGAACAACAGACUGGACACCCCCAAAUCCAGCAGUGAAAUUUCCUGCUGAUCCCACUCCAGGUGGGUGGAGCUUCUAGACAGAGACACACCCCCGAGGAGUUGCAGUUCUGGAUCUAUGGCAGACCAUUUGCACUGAGAGUCUCCCCCCCAGACCAAAGAUUUAUGAUGGACCAACUCUGCCCUGGGACUUUUUCAACUCUGGAUUUUUUCACUUCAUUUUUUUCUGGAUUUUUUUU